CCUGCCUGCGUCAUCCUCUCUGCCGCAAUAAAACCACCGUCGCAUCUCGAACACCAACAUUUCGCAUAGAGGAGGGCACACGUCAUGAAAUCACUUCUGUUGCUGCUAUGCGCAGUCGCCACCGACGCGUCGGCUUGUGGCACCUCAAUUACCACUGCCAGUGGCACCAAGGCACCAUCACAAAUCUGCAGCGGAGAACUCAUCUUUAACGAAGAGUUCGACACCUUCGAUUUUCAGACAUGGAACCACGAGAAAACUGCAGCAGGAGGUGGGAACUGGGAAUUCCAGAUCUACCUUAACAAUCGUUCCAACAGCUUCGUGAGGGACGGUAAGCUGUUCAUCAAACCGACCUUAACAGCAGACAAACACGGAGAACGUUUCCUUUCGUCCGGAACACUCAAGCUGUACGGAGGGGCUCCAGCAGACGAAUGUACAAACCCGUCGGACUGGGGGUGUGAGAGAAGAGGAACAAGUGUACAUGUCCUGAACCCGAUCACAUCUGCAAGAAUACGAACGGUCGAAUCUUUCAGCUUCUGUUUCGGAAAAGUUGAAGUGCGGGCAAAACUGCCGACUGGGGACUGGUUAUGGCCGGCAAUCUGGCUGUUGCCACGCUACAACGAGUAUGGAUCUUGGCCGGCCUCAGGAGAGAUCGAUUUGUCCGAGGGCCGCGGGAACAAGAAUCUGACCGUGCACGAUCUGAACAUUGGCACUGAACUGAGUUCGUCGACGCUGCAUUUUGGUCCGUUCUGGCCCAUAAGCGGGUGGCACAAGGCGCAUUUCGAGAAACGUUUGGAAACGGACCAGGGUUUCAACCACGAUUUCCAUCGCUUUCAACUGGAAUGGACCGCAGAUUUCUUAAAAUUCGCUAUUGAUGAUGAGGAACUUGGCAGAAUCACUCCACCAGAAGGUGGAUUUUGGGAUCUUGCUGAGUUUAAUUCAACCAUUGGGACUGCUGAUAAUCCAUGGAAAUACGGAACGAAAAUGGCGCCUUUCGACAAACAGUUCUAUUUGAUCCUGAACUUGGCAGUGGGUGGAGUCAACGGAUACUUUCCAGACAAUGCAGACAAUCCAGGGGGUAAACCAUGGAGUAAUAAUUCGCCCCAGGCUUCAACAGACUUCUGGAAUGGUCGACGUCAGUGGCUCUCCUCUUGGCAGCUCGGCGUAGAUGAAGACAGCGCUGCUAUGCAGGUGGACUAUAUCAAGGUGUGGGCCAUUUAAGUGAGGUCGCUGGUCCACGACCUGAAACGAGAGACCUGACUAAGAAGCCGCUAGUGUGUCUGGGCAGCGAGCAGUGCAGUAAAUGAGGACAUGCUACCAGUCAACACAACUUGUACAAGACCUGAAUAUACAACCCAAAAGUGGCAGCUCGUGAGUCUGAGAAGUGGUAGUUCUGCGCAAAAGGAGAAAAAUCAGAAUAGUUUUUCAACACAAAACAAUGU